AUGAUUCCUUUGGAGAUUGAGGCAAAAAUGAAGGACUCGGAUUCAGACAUAAAGAUAGAAUCGAAUGCAGAUCCAAACGUUGAAUCCAACGCAGAUCCAAACGUUGAAUCAAACAUAGAUCCAAAUGUUGAAUCCAACGCAGAUCCAAACGUUGAAUCCAACGCAGAUCCAAAUGUUGAAUCCAACGCAGAUCCAAAUGUUGAAUCCAAUGUUGAUCGGGUGCCUUUCCUUGGUGAGGAAAAUAAAAUUUAUGCAAAUGAAGAAGAUGAAAAUUUUGUGAAUAAUUAUAUAAAUGAAAAUAUAAUAAAUCUGAAGAGUGUAGAUAAUUAUUUAGAAAAAAUGGAUAAUAAAAUCAAAGAGUUAGAUGAGAAUAUUAAUGAUAGAGUGCAAAAAUAUAUAUUGAUGAAAAAUGAAUAUGAAAAACUAUUUAAGAGUAUUAAAGAGAGAACAAAAUUAAUAAACAAUAUAAUAAAUGAUAUUGAUAAAAAAACUGAAAAGAAUGAAGAUGCUUUAAUAAUUUUAUGUAAAGAUAUUAAAAAAUUAGAUACAGGCAAACAAAAUGUGACACAGACUAUAAUAUUAUUAAAACGUAUAGUAAUACUAAUAACAUCUAUUAGUAAAUUAAAAAAAAAAGCUAUCAAAAGAGAAUAUAAAGAUUGUAUUUAUUUAAUACAUAUUAUAAAAGAAAUGCUAACACAUUUUUCAGAUUUAAAAACAAAUAAUAAAUUACGUAAUAUCUAUCAUGAGACCAAGAUAUUAUUUAAAGAUUUAAAAAAUCAGAUUAAAGAAGAUAUAAAUUUAAUAUAUGAUCCUCAUAUAUUAAUAGAAAAAAAUAUGGUCAUCUUAAAUGAUCACCUGAUACCUAUAGAGAAGAAUAAUCAUGAUAGUAUUAAUAACAACAAAAAGGAUGUUAUUGAUAAUAAUAAUAAUAAUAAUAAUAAUCAUAAUAAUAAUAAUCAUCAUAAUAAUAAUAAUCAUCAUCAUAAUAAUCAUAAUAAUAAUCAUCAUAAUAAUCAUCAUAGUUAUAUUCGGAUUAACCUAUUUGAUGCAUGCAAUUGCCUUUAUUAUUUAAAUUCUUCACUCAUAAAAAAGGUUUCUAAGAAAUUUACGAAUUUUUUCUUAGAAAAAUUUAUUUUUAUAUUUAAAAAUCAAGCUCACACAUUAGAUAGUAUAGAUAGAAGAAUAUCGUGGAUUAAGAGAGCUCUAAAUAAUUAUGAUAAUGUUUAUUCUCAUAUAUUUCCUUCAAUAUAUAACAUACCAUUCCAUAUAGUAACCAAAUUUUGUUUAAUAACUCAAAAACAUGUUCUUAAAAUUAUGUCCUCUUCAAUAGAACACACAAAUAAUCCAACAGACUUAAUAAAAACAGUCAUCAAUGUUAUUAAUUUUGAAAACUUCUUAAACAAAAAUAUUAAAUAUUAUUCAUCCAAUGAAAUUCCUACAAUUCAUGAUUAUUCAUCUUUAGAUUUGCCAUUCCCUGAACUUUUAAUACAAAAAAGUCUAACAAAAAAAGAAAAAGAAAAUAUGAAUGCGGAUCUAUGCUCUAUAAAAAAAAAUAAAAAUUAUAUUAAUAAUGAGGAUCAACAAAAAGUAUUAAACUUAAGUGUUCAUAAUGAACCCAGUGAACAAAUGAAAUUUUUAGACAAAAACAAAAACACUCAAUUAAUUAAUAACUAUUUAUAUAUGGAAGAUAUUACAUCUAAUCAGGAUGAAAACAAUAUUAUAUUUACACAUAAUAAUAAUAAUAUGAUGAACACUUGUCAAAGUGUUAAAAAUUUUAAAGGAGCCAUUUCUUGCUCAUUUGAUAGUUUUUUAUGUAACUGGCUUAAAUGUGAAGAAAAAAAAAUAUUAAAUAAAUUUGAAAGUAUUAUAAAUGAACAGAAAGAAGAUUAUAUAAGUGAUAUAAAAAAUUAUAAAUGUAUUAAAGACAUUGCAAAUAUAGAUUUUAAUAAUUUUGACAUAAAUGAAAUAAAUAAUAUAAAUUUAGAUACAAGUAAUAAUACAUAUUAUUACAACAAUAAAGAUAUAAAAAUUAUUGAACAAAAUAUUUAUAAUAAUGAUAAUGUAUAUAAAUCAUCGUAUUCUAUUUUUCAUUUAUAUAAAAACUAUAUUAAUAUGAUAGUUCUAUUUAGUAAGUGCCAAACAUUAUAUGAUUUUAUUCUUUUUUUUAAAACAUUAUUAUUUAAAUAUUCUGAAGAAUUAAAUAAAAGAAUUAUUGAAAAAAUACAAGAAUCACAAGAAAUCGAACAUAUUAAAUUAUUAUCUAUAUUAAUUAAUACAUGCUCAUAUAUAAAUGGUCAAAUGAAUGAAGCUUAUGAACAAUUAAAAACUAAUAUGGAUCCUUCUUAUUUUAUAUAUAUAUCUUUUAAAGAUGAAGAAAAAUAUUUCUUAAAUAUUAAAACAAAAUGUAUAAAAAAUAUUAUAUUAUAUAUAAAAGAAAAAAUAAAGAAUAUCAUAUCAAAUAUAACUAUAGUUAAUAUAUAUGAUAUAAAUAAUAUAUGUGAAAAAUCUAUUUAUAUGAAUAAUAUAAAAAAAUUACUUUAUCAAUAUUUUUCUUUUUUUAAAAAUAUAUUUGAUAAUACAUGUUUAACCUAUUUAUUAGAAAAAACAACCACUCUAAUAAUUCAACAAUUUUAUGAUACUAUCUUUUCUUUUACAUAUAUAACAAACAUAACAGCUCAACAGCUCCUUCUUGAUUCAUAUGAAAUGCAAAAAGUUUUGUUUACAAUGACAGAUAUAUUGAAUGGCACAAAUCAAAGUAAACAGAAAACACAAAAAAUUCAUCAACAUAAAAACUAUGAUAAAUUACAAAGUGAAAACAUUCAAACAGCCCAUAACAUAACAAGUAAAGAAAAUACAACAAAUAAGAAUCUCUUACCACUCCAAGAAAUUAAUUUAUUAUCUGAAUCAAAUAUAAAUAUAGAAUAUACUGAAGAAGAAACAAUAAUUCCACAAACAUAUUAUAAUUAUGUAACAAGCAGAUUAAAUAAAAUACAAUUCUUAUUAAAAAUAUUUUUAUCUAACAUAUAUGAUAUUAAUGCAUUCAAUUUAUUACUUACAGAAAAUAAUAAUAUAUGUAAUAUAGAAGAGAUAGAAAAAAUCUUGACGAUGAAAUAUGACCAAGACAAAUAUUUAGAAGAAGAUAAUAAAAUCAAUAAGGAUUAUAUGUUGGACAUUAAAAAAACAGGCAUAAGAGCAGCAGAGGAGUUGAAGAAUUUUAUAUCAAAAAUGACUCACCUAUAA